AUCACAUCAAUACAUGUCGGUGUGUGUGUGUAUAUAUAUGCAUAUAUCAUCUGCGACAGAGACUUUCAAACCAUCCAAAGCCAUUGUUUUGUAAUUCGCAUUUCACAGAUAUCUUCUAUUUUUAUAUUAUAAACGAAAACAUCAUAUUUCAGGCAAAACAUGUCGAGUUUUUUCAUUCCAAACUCCGCCGACAUGGCUCUUCUGGAGUCCGUUCGCCAACACCUUCUAGACGACGAUUGUGUCAAUCCUCCGGCGACCUUUUUCGCCAAUGUGGCUCCGGUACGCGAAGCUACUCGUAUGACGGGGAUAGAACAGUACCAAGAGGGAGCACGUGAGAGACACGCGCCGUCAGGAGGGGUGCAUUUUAGGGGCGUGAGGCGGCGGCCGUGGGGGAAGUACGCGGCGGAGAUUAGGGACCCGAAGAAGAACGGCGCAAGAGUGUGGCUUGGGACGUACGAGACGCAGGAGGAUGCGGCUUUGGCUUACGACCGAGCCGCUUUCAAGAUGCGUGGCUCCAAAGCCAAGCUCAAUUUCCCUCACCUCAUUGGAUCGUCCCAUGAGUUGGAGCUCGCGAGAGUGACUCCCAAGCGGCGCUCGCCGGAGACUUCGGCUUCGUCGGGCGACGGUGGAUCGCCCAAGCGGAGGAAGAGUGGAAAUGGCUUUGAGGUUGAGGCUAAAGUUGAGUUGGAUGAUGAAACGACUUGGUUAGGUUUUUGCCCGCAUGAAACCAUAAACGGUUGGAAGUGAUUUGCUGUGAACGAAUUGUACAAGUAACUGCUGCGUCUCUUUGACCAUCAGUCAC